UAAUAAUGUGAGACGCGAUGUUGUAUGCGUAUUAUACGACAUUUAUGUGAAAAUAUGUAAUUUAUUGUGUGACAUUAAUAAUCCGCAGGUGCGGAUACCAUGCUAUUAACAAUAACAGAUAAAGUGUUUUAUUUGUGUUAUUAUUUAAAAAUAAUAAUACUAACAAUUGUAAAUAAUAACAAAAAAUAAUGGAUAAUAUAUGUACGCACUUAAAUGUACCAACGCCAUUUUGUGUAGCACGCAUGAAGAUACGUAAACAUACAGAUAAAACUUUCUAAUUGUGUUUAUAUAUAUGUCGUGUAAGUUUUUACAAUUAUAAAAUAAACCCAUGCAUAAUUGAACAUUACUACUGAUAACUAAUAAAUAUAUUUGUACUCAUUAUCAAUAAUUGUGCGUUAAAUAUUUAUUGUUAUAUUGUUUUUCGCGCCAAUUCAACUGAUGCACCUGAGGGUUACAUCUGCUUAUCAAAAGAACAGCUGUCCAACGACUAAUUAAUACGCUAUUAUUAUCAUAUAUUAACUUGUCAAUUUACGAAUUUAUAUUUUAUCAAUAUUAUGCAAGGUAAUUGACGUUGGAAAAUUUGACGUGUGAAUUUUGUCAUAAUCAUUAUCAGUACGAACGGUUGAUAUAUGAAACCCGUGAAUGUCAUUUGAACAGAAAAAUGUCCGGUGAUUCAGGAUGGAACGCCGUAAUUCAUCGUCCGUCAGAGCUAGAGCUACAGAAUUGGAAUUGGGACGAAAACGAUGGGGAACCCGAACGCGAAUUACCCUCUACCGUGGACAUGGACGCCAUAAAAGGUGGUGGUAGUUGGGACCCAGCAACUGAAAAAAAUGAAAGUGAUUCUGUUGAUUCGGAAGAAGAUUCUGAUUCGGAUGAAGAAAGUUCUGGUGCUACUGAUGGCACUUGUUCGGUUUCAGAAUCUGGAUCAGAUGAUGAGAGCAGUGGUGAUGAAUGUGAUGACUCCAGCAAUUCUGAUUGUUCUUCCGAGCAUAGCGAACAAACAUUUUCAAUUCGUGAAACAAAUUUUGAUCAAGGUGGUCUCAAAUUAAAAAUAACUAUGAAAGCACAAAAAAAAGAUAAUAAUGUUGAUAAUAAUGUUGUUGUUGCUGCUGCUGUUGCUGCUGAUAAUAAUAAAUCAAAAUGUGAUAAUAGUAAAGUUAAUAAAAAAAUAUUAACGCGUAAAUCCAAAGCAACGUGUAGUUUAAAAACAUCUGAAUGUACUACCGAUGAUUCAGACUCGUCGGCGGGCCCGACAUCGACAUUGAAUCAAUCUUCACUUCCAGUUACGUUACAGUCACAUCAGCAACAACAAAAUAAUCAGCAGCAACAAUCAUCACAAGCGCCUUUACAAGAAAUAAAUCAAGAACAUUUGUCAGCAAUUAUUCCUGAUCAAGAAGACACGCCAUUUGAUGGUUUCGAAGACUCAGAGAGUGGUCGAUUAGUAUCUAAAGCUAUUGAACGUAUGUCAUUGAGUGCUGAUUCAGAUUCAAGUGAGAACACAAAUCAAAAUCCAGUGCCUGUUUAUAGUUCAACAUUACUACAACAGUUUGUUGAAAAGACAGCAUUAUUAUCAGAACCGCGAAAAAGACGCAGCAAAGCUGGUAAAAAAACCGCCGAUUCUGAGUAUACAUUUACAGCAAAUGUAUCACCAGAUUCAGGUAUUCAGUCUGUUAAUAAUAGUCCACUACAUUUAACAACAACUCCAGCUAGUCCACCAGCACCUUCACAGUCACCAGUGCAAUCGACAUCAGUACCAGCGUCAGCACCACCCCCACCACCUAAACCAGCUGUCAAUGUUGAUCGUGUAUUGUACCCACCUAAAAGAAAACCAGGUCGGCCUGCUAAAAUGGUAUCAACACAACCACGUGGUCCUGGUAGGCCACGUUUGAAGCCAGAUGUAGUUGAAAAAAUAGCUAAAAUAGAACGAAACUCAAGUCCUGUUGUCAGUAACAAUAAACGUGAAACGAGUACUAGUAAACGUGGCAAACAAUCGGUUAAAAGUAACAAUAAAUUGUCAUUGCCUCAAGAAAAUAAAGAAGAAUUUACGAGGAAUCAAAGGUUAAAAAAUAAAAAAAGUAUUGUUAAUAAUGGAGAAACGUCAGUGUCUGCUAAUUCUACUGCUACUACUACUUCAAGUACUAGUAGUAAUAAAAAUUCAACUUGUUCUACUGAUAAUAAAAAUAAUUCACAUGAUGAUAAUAAGUGCCUGAGUAAUAAAUCUAAUGUUAGUAAUAAAAAAUUAACAAAUAAGGAUAAGGAUACAUUUAAAACAUGCGAACAAGUAUGUAAAAAAUUACGACAUGAUAAAUCUGUUGAGUCAAAUAAAAGUACGUCACCCCUGAGACAAAAAGUAAGCAAUGAUCAUGGUUGUAAUGAUGAUAAGACAAUUAAUAAUAAUAGUAGCGGUGCUGUUACUAAAAAAAGUUCAAAGGAAAAUAGGGUUGCUGAAAGUUGUUCUUCACCAUCGGUAAAUAAAAAGCAGACUGUGUCGAAGAAACCAACAGCCACAGCAUCAGUAUCAGCAGUAACUCCAAUAGUGACAGUAAUUCCAGGACCAAAACGUGUUCUUAAAGAAAAUAAAAGCAGUAAAAAAGUAUCUGAAACAAACGGUGUCGGUGUACAAACAGUAAUUUCUGUUCCUGUUGAUUUAAAACCUGAGGAUAUUGAAAUAAAGACAGACAAGUGUGAUAAAUCCGUACAAUCAACGACAAAUAAUCGGUUUAAAAGUAGUAAUAAUAAUCAUAAUAAUAAUAGUAGUAGUAAUCAUCACCACCAUCACCAUCAUCAUCAUCAUCAUAAGCACAAGCGACGAGUUGUCAUACCACCAAAACAGCCAAUCCGUGUUGAUCCGACAAUUGUUGAAGAGUUGGAAAAACUUAUUGAUGAUUUUUCAAAAUCAUGCAGUCUUGGUAAAAAUAAUAAUAAUUCAAAUUUUACUGAAUUACCACAAAUAUUUCGUGUUAAAAAAAUAACUAAAAAACGUAAAGGUGACGCAAGUACAAAUGAUGAACAAAAAUCAUUAAAGAGACGAUUGAAAAAGGAUAAAAUUUCUGGUGGUGGUAGUGGUGGUAGCAGUGGUGAUUCUAAGAGCAGUAAUCAAAAUUCAAAUACACCAUCAAAUCCAAAUGAACAGAGAUUACCAUUGAAAAAACGCCAUUAUCAUUUAUCAAGUCCACACAGCUCACAGAGCUCUAAUGCCAGUUCAACUGAUACUAAUAUUAACGAAUCGAAUUCAAUGGAAAGUCAUAUUGAAGAAGCUAUUGAAGCGACUAUUGAAAGGUACAGCGGUAGUCCAUCAUCAUCAUUAUCUAGUAAUUUACAUAAUCAAAAAGAAAAAGAUAUUGAUUCUCAAACACUUAAAAAACGUCUGCGUGAUGCCAAUGACAGCACAAUUGCCGGUGAAUCAGCCAGCGAGAGUUCAGACAUUGAAGACAAACCUCUGAAUCGUUUGGAGCAACAGCUACCACGACGUAAGAAAAAAAUAGUACGUGAUUUACGUGUCACUGUUACUAAAUUAAUAACAUCAGACAGUAAUUCAGCGGUAAAUACCGAUAAAAUUGAUAAUAAAGUAUCAAAUGAAAAGGUUAAUAACAAAAACAUUACGGAUAAAAGUACAAGCAAAGUAGAUAAAGUCGUUGACAAACAACUGAAGACCGCUGAUAAAAGUAAUGAACAACAUCAGCAACCGGAAAAAAAUGAAUCAAAAAAAUUAACAGCUGAUAAAAAUGAUAAAGUAAAUUCAAUUGUUAAAGAUACAGAUGAUAAAGUAAAUAUUUUAGAUCGUAAAGAUAAUAAUAAAAAAGAAUUAUUGAAUGUAACAAAUUCAGUAAAUCCAGUGGCUGCUUUAAUUCUUACUAAGAAAAAAAUACGACGAAGAAAAGCUAUAAAUCGUACUGGUUUUCCGACACUUAAGAAGAAGAAGAAAAAGAAAAUAAAUGUAGUUGUUAGUAGCAAUGAUAAUAAUUACGAUGAUAACACUGAUAAAGAUAAAUUGACACUGGUACCACGUGUUGACAUCACAAUAGCAGAUUUAGAAAUAUCAAAAGUCGAAGAAAAAUCUGUUCUAUCUGAAAGUGAUGUGAAUGCAGUACUACCGAUUUUAGACGAAACUAAAAGUCAAGAUAGCGAAAAUAAUAACAAUGAUGGUGAUGAUGGUGAUGAUGAUGAUGACGAUGAUGAUGAUGACUGUGGUAUUAUUGAUGAUGAAGAUGAUGAUGAUAAAAUAGAUUCAAAUGAUUUCAAAGAUUUUCAUGAACUGUCUUGUCACAGCUAUUCCGAUGAUAUCGUCGACAGUUGUCAUGGACCAGGAUUGAGAGUUCGUCGAGACUUGGUCGAGUGUGAUGGUAGUAAACCAUGUGAUAAAUUGUGCCCAGUUAAGUAUGAAAAAAUUCAAGACUCAAGAAUUUAUGACGAAAAUGCAACACUCGAGGAAUCAUUGGAACGUUACAAUCAGAGUCAACGUAUCGCUGAAUUGAGUGAGGAAAAUUUGAAAAAACUUGAUCGUACUAAUUCACAGUCAAGUGUUUCACCGGGUUGUCUUAACAAUAAUCAUAAACGUAGAAGAGGCUCAACUAGUCCGUGUAAUUUAACACUAAGAAGCAUUAAGAGGCUUAAAAAUAAUGCUGCUGGUUAUGAUACAGAGAGUGACGUACUGCCGAGCAGUGAUGUUGCGAGUGAUGAGCCAGAAGUUGGCAACGGUAAGCAACGAAGUUUAUUACAUUUACGUAAAAAACAACCGAGAUGGAAGAAAAGAUAUCUACCAGCCGGACUAUUCUCAGAUUAUUACAAAGAAGAUGAACCACGUAAAGUUACAAACGCUGAUGGCUCUAGUAAAAAUAAGCUUACAUAUGACCCAGCAGAGCAUCCACACGGUUUAUUACCACCACCAUAUCACUGUGGUAAAUUUUUACGUCAACGUAAAAUACCCUUUCAAUUGCCUUAUGAUCUUUGGUGGCUUCACACACAUUCGCGUUUACCUGGACGUGACUUGGUACCCUCGUGGAAUUACAGAAAAAUUCGUACGAAUAUUUACUAUGAUGUCAAACCAACGACAUUGUAUGAACCACAGGCAUGCGAAUGUAAAACAGACAGUGGUUGUGGUGAUGAUUGUAUCAAUAGAAUGGUAUUCAGUGAAUGUUCAUCCCAAAUGUGCCCUUGCGGUGAUCGUUGCGGUAACCAAAAAAUUCAGCGACACGAGUGGACUCCAGGAUUGCAAAGAUUUAUGACUGAAAAUAAAGGCUGGGGUGUCAGAACAAAAGAUUCUAUUAAAACAGGUUGUUUUAUAUUGGAGUAUGUCGGCGAAGUUGUUUCUGAAAGAGAAUUUAAAUCACGCAUGGCUACAAGAUAUGCCAACGACACGCAUCAUUAUUGUCUUCACCUAGACGGCGGGCUGGUAAUUGACGGUCACCGAAUGGGUGGUGACGGUCGUUUUGUCAACCAUUCAUGCGAGCCUAAUUGCGAAAUGCAAAAAUGGAGUGUCCAUGGUCUACCACGCAUGGCAUUAUUUGCAUCACGCGACAUUGAAUCUGGUGAAGAGUUGACUUAUGAUUACAAUUUCGCUCUGUUUAAUCCAUCUGAGGGACAAAUAUGUAGAUGCGGUAGCAGUGCGUGCCGUGGUGUAAUUGGAGGGAAAAGCCAACGUGUUGCAAGACCACUUGCAACUCCAGCAUUGCCACCGAUCGAAAACACCGAACGCAGAUCUGUCGGUCGUCCUCGUAAAAAUGUCCGUAAAUCAAAUCAAAUAUUAGCAAUGUCCAAGGGUUUAUGUAAAACGCGAAAAGUUGGUGAUUCAAGUUUGAUAAAUACGCCAAUGAUGAAGCCAAUGUCACAGCAACAACGACAUUUUGCCCAGCAGCAUCACUGCUUUUUACUGAGAAACUUGGAAAAAGUUAAACGAAUGAAAACUCCGGUUACUCAGCAAAUAAAUACUCAAGCUAAAAAUAAAGACAGUAAAGUUAUUCCUGCUGUUAAAGAAAAAACAGCUGGUGAAUCUAAAACGCAAUCAGAUGCUGCUUUCUUUACCCAGUUAACAGCAUUGACAAAUAAUGCAUCUCGUACUGUAAGAACUCGUCGUUUAGCUCAAGCUCAAGAUGAUCCAGAAGUUAGUAAAACAGCUAAAUUAGCUAAAGUAUUAAAAGAUUUGUACAAUGUUGUAGCUACGGCAAAUGAUGAAAAUGGUGUAUUACUUUGUAUUCCAUUUGUUACGUUACCUCCUAAAAGAAAACUUCCAGAUUACUAUGAAAAAAUUCAAGAUCCCAUUGACUUGACUAUCAUUGACCAGGGUAUCAGUACCGGUCAUUAUAAAACAGCCGAACAAUUUGAUAAUGAUAUAAUUAAAUUGUUUGAUAACAAUGUUAAAUUUUUUGGUAGAACAUCUGAAGUUGGUAUUGCAGCGGCGCGUUUACGUAAAAUAUAUUUGGGAAGUAAAACAAACUUUAUUGAAGCGAUAACAGAAGCAACAGGGUCACCACCUGCGCAAUGUUUCCUACCGCCUCGAGGCUCGACAGCUGGUGAAGAAGACGUUAUCAGAUGUAUUUGUGGUUUACACAGAGAUGAGGGUUUAAUGAUACAAUGCGAGCGUUGUUUAGUAUGGCAACACUGCGACUGCGUUAAAGCUGAUACUAGUGCUGAGUCUUAUCUAUGCGAACGCUGUCAACCACGACCUGUUGAUUAUGAAAUACCACUUGAAGGUGAAGAAGAAGAAAAAGAUAAAAAACAUUACGUUACGUUGAUGAGGGGUGAGCUACAAUUAAGACAGGGCGAUACUGUCUAUGUACUUCGGGAUACUCCUGAAAAACACACGUAUAAAACAAUUGAAAAGUUUGAUUAUGAACAAAUGGACAUAUUUAGAAUUGAAAGAUUGUGGAAAAAUGAUCAAGGAGAAAGAUUUGUUUUUGGUCAUCAUUAUUUACGUCCGCAUGAAACUUAUCAUGAACCGACGAGAAAGUUUUAUGAAAAUGAAGUCGUUUGUGCGCCGCUUUAUGAAGCUGUACCGUGUGAUUUAGUUGCGGAAAGAUGUUGGGUACUUGAUCCUCACACUUAUUGUAAAGGACGACCUGUUGGUGCUGCUCCGGAACACACUUAUGUUUGUGAAUAUAGAGUUGACAGGGCUGCGAGAUUGUUCACUAAAGUUGCAAGAGCUCGUCAUCAAGUUUGUACUAAACCAUAUGCUUUUGAAACAUUUCCACAACGUAUCAAACACUACCGUACUUAUUUGCCUCAUAGUUUAGAAAGUAUUCAAGCAAUAAAAGCGAUGAGAGAAAAGAAAAAGAGCGCAGCACAUACAGACAGUGACCAUAAUCAUAAAACGGAGGCUGAUGCUAAAGUAAAUGGGAAAGAUAAUUCAAAGUCACUUGGAAAAAAUAGGAAUAAAUCGUGUGAAGAUCAAACCACUACCCGACUUACUGUCUCGCCCGCUCAAAGAGAAGAACAACGAAAGAGAUUGAAUCGCAUUCUUAAAAAUUUACUCCAACGAAUGCCGAAUAAGAAAGAUCCAUUGGAUCUGUCAUUUUUAUUAGAACGUAAUCGUAGAAAUCGUAAGCGACCCAGUGGAUGUAAACAGUGACAGUGGAUGAAACGCACGCAGAAGUGUUGCGCCACUUUAUGUAAGUAGUUACUGUACAAAUUAUUCUAGAAAAAAAUAAAAAAUAAUUAGAAAGAACCGAAACAAAAAAAUAAUUAAAUUAAUUUUUUAAUAUAUAAAUAUCAUUUGAAAAUAUUGGCAUUAUUAAUUAUAAUCUAUAUUGAAUUAUUAAUUAUCAUUAACUUUUAUUAGUAAUCAAUUUAAAAAAAAUUAUUGUUUACAUUUUAUUUCCACAUAAAAAAAAGCUAUCCCGUCCAUUCAGCUUAAUUAUAGCUUCUGUCAUAUUAUGUAGUUAAUUGUCUAAUUAAUAUUGGAGCUAAUUUGUAAUAUAUAUAAAUAUUUAUCAAUCUAUUUAAGUAAUAAUUAUAAAAUCUAAUCAAUGACCAGUGAAAAAUGUGUAUUUUAAAAUUAAUAAAUAAACAGUAAUAUCACUCUUUAAUUAUUAAUUUAAUAAUUAAUAGUCUCCUUAUUAGCUCCAAUAUAUAAAUCUAUCAUUAUCUUAUUACAAUAUUAUGUAUUAUUAUUAUUACAUAAAAAAGAAAUAUCGAUCAUACAAUUUAGAGACUUAGACUUAAACUUAAGUGUAAAAGAACAACAAUAAAUUUGUCGAUUUUAUAAAAUUAUAACUCACGUUCUACUGGACAAGAUUCAAAAUUUGUACAGAGUUAAUUGUAAAUUAUUUUAAUUCUUAUUUGAUAAAAGAGAGAAAAAAAUGUUGUUGAGUCCAGAUUAUAGUUGAUUAUAUAAAUUAUAAUGGAGAAGAAGCGAAUGAAAAUUAAAAAAACAAAAAAUGAAAAAGGUAAAUAUAAUAAUUGAAGUGUAUUAUAAAUAAUACACAUGUAGCUUUGUUGCACAAAAGGAUAAUAUUAUAUUUUUAAUAAUCCCAGUGUUAUUAAAAGUAAAGUAGUAGAAAAAAAACAAUCAACUUUU